GAGAAGUUGAAAGCAGUACUAAAGGGCUAUAACGGCCGUAGAGACCCCGAGUUGCCGCGGUGCUUGUAACCCUGCAGUGAAGAAAAAAGCUCUUGGAAGAACACGAGCCGUGCGCUAAAGGAAUGUUGGGUUGAGUUCGAUUUCCUUAAAAGUCGUGGGCAUGUGGCCAGUAGUGGCGAAGAGCAUAGUCGGAAGGGAACGGAGCCAAUCUCUCUCUUUUACCUGGGAAAUCAAAGCUGUUUCCAGAAUUAGCUGGGUGAAGAAAAAAGCAACUUUAUGCAGUUGGCUGUUUUCUUGAUCCCAGCUCAGAAUCGGAUUUGAAUGAAACAUGGUAAAAAUUUUGAAAAAGUCCUUUAAGGAUAGUUUGGAAGAUAUAAAAGAACGAAUGAAAGAAAAGAUAAAUAAAAAACAGGCAAAAAUGGAUAAAGCGAACCAAGUUUUACCUAUUAAGAGUAAAAUUGCAGAUAAUUCUAUGGCAAAGUUGAAAAACUUUCAAGCAAAUAAUCGUGCUUUAGCUUUGGCUUUAGAAGAAGAGAGGAGUAAAAUGAGGGAAGCACAAUAUAUCAUACUAUGUUUAAAGAAAGAGUGUCAGAGCCUGAAGUUUCAGAAUUUUGACCUACAAAGAAAGCUUAAAUUACAACAAGAAAAACAACGUGCUGAGAAUGGAUUCAUGGUAAUGAAGAAGAUUAUUUCCAAAGUUGUUCAAGAUCUACUCAGUGCAGCUAAUAUUCUUGAUUCUUUAAAUGAUGUCUCUACUGCUGCUUUUAAUACAAUUCAGCAUGACUUUGAACAUGAGGAAUGUGCCCCUGGAAGUUUAAAGAAGCAUGAUGCUUUGACACUUCUAAGGCAUAUUCUUGCUGUAGAAAUAAGUAAAGAAGAUGCAGAGGAAAUACAAGAUAAAGUGGAAAGAUUUUAUUCAGAUAGUGACUUAAAUUUCUAUGGUAACAUUGAGAAUACAUCUUCAGUGUCUCAGGCAGAUACAGGUUGCCAGAAUUAUUCCUGUGAAGAUCAUCCAGAUCAUGUAAACUCUGGGAGCAGAAUUAUUUCAGUUGAAGACAGGCAAAUUGAUUAUUCUGUAGCUAAAAAUGUUUCUACCCGCCGCCGUUAUUUAAAAAAUAAUUCCCUCAGUGAAGUCUUUGAAUCAGAUGGCAUUCCAGAUAUCAGUGUUGAUCUUUCAUGUUCAAAGAAUAAUAAUGAAAAUUGUGAAGAAAUAUCUAUUAGUCAGGAGGACAAACAUAGUGUAAACAUUGAUAAAAGUGAAUCAGAUAUGCAAAUUGAAUCUGUUAAAAGUGAAUCAGAUAUGCAAAUUGAAAAGGCCACAGCCUUUUCAGAACAAAAUAAUUUUAAUAAUAUUGGUGGCUUUAAAACUCAGAAAGGAAAGAGUCAGAAGAGAAAAUUGGUAACCACAAAAAAUAUACCCAAGGCAAGAUCCAACAAAGACAAAAACUGCAAUAAGCAUGCAAGAGCUAAACAAAAAGCAGAUAUAUCCAUUCGUUCCAAUGAUGCUUAUGAUUUUAUUAGUGAAGAGUCUGUUCAUAUAACACCUUUUCGGCAAAUCAAACAAAAUGAACAUGUUGAUGACACAGAUUAUACAGAAAAAGCAGAAAUCUGUAGUGGUGAAUCAUCUGUUUCAGAAGAAGAUCCUGACGAUAGUCUCUAUGUGCCUUACUCAAAAAAAUCAAAAUCCAACAAAACUUUAGAUACUGGAACAGAUGUUAUCCCACUACACACAAAAUCACGAUCAAAGAGAACUGCGUCUGAGCCACAUGAUAGAAAUCCUGAGGGGGGAAAUAGGAAUAUCGAGAUACCUGAAUCUCAUUUGGAUGAAUCAUCUGAGGCAAUUCAUAAACAUCUUAAUGAUAUUACCAAUGUUGUAUCAACUUCUUGCCAAACAAGAAUUUCUCAGCCACCCUUCAGUACUGCAGCAAAAGAUACUAUUCACCAAAGACGUAGAAGUACUAGUUAUGUGAGCUAUAAGGAGCCAAGUAUCAGUGGGAAACUCAGAAGAGGCGACCCUUUUACGGAUACCAGCUUUCUGAACUCUCCCAUUUUUAAAGAGAGAAAGAACACCAAAUUGCUUAAUAAAAAGUCGCUGUCCAGAUACAAUGAAGCAUUUGUUGGUUAUUAAGAUAUUUUUUAUGAAGUAUAUUUAGCUCCUCACUUAUAUUAUGCUGAAAGUAUAUUAACUAAAAUUCUGGAGAUGGAGCUUUUGCAUAUGUUUUUCUGAUCUAAAUUUAUGAAUACUUUGAUAAUAUAUGAUAACACACAUACACUGCCUUCCAGAAUUUAUUGAUUCAGAAUGGUGUGAAUAACCUAUUAUCAUUUUAGGAGAGCUAUUUCCUGAACAUGAUAGAAAAAGAAAUAGUUUGGAAUGCAGAUUAUCAUUUAUUUGCUAACAAAUGCAGUUCAUUUUAACAGUCUGUCAUUAGAAAUAAAGUUAAACUCUUGUUGUAUCUUCUGAACUAUUACUUGCUUAUAUGGCAUUUAUAAUAAAAUGUUUAGUAAUUUUGAUAAAGCUAAUUUGUUUUAAUUAUCAAUAUUAGCAUAUGUUUUCAGCCUCCAUUUUCUUGCAAUUAUUCUAAGUUUGUAAAAAUAACCUGAAUGUGUUGUCCUAUUCUGUAGGUUUAUUAUGAA